GCCCGGGCGCAGCGCCGAGCGGAGCGGCGGGGCCGCCUCCUCCUCCACCUCUUCCUCCUGCUCGGCGCCCAGGCAGCGGAGCGCGGUUCCCCGGCGAUGGCCGAGCUCAAGUCGCUGGGCAGCGAGGCGUACCUGGCGCUGGCCCCCGGCUACGGCCCCUCGGCUUUCGCCUACGGGGCGGUGCGCGGGGGCGCCGAGGGCCCGCGGGGCGCGUACCCGGGGGGCGGCGGGGCGGACUUCCAUCCCGGGGCGCUGGGCAAGUCGGCGGAGAGCAGCGGCGAGCAGAGCGGCGACGAGGAGGACGGCUUCGAGCCGGGGGUGAAGGGCGGCGCGGGCUUCGAGCGAGAGGGGAAGCUGAAGGGGGGAGCCCUGGGCAAGAAGCCCAAGGAGCAGCGCUCGCUGCGGCUCAGCAUCAACGCGCGGGAGCGGCGGCGGAUGCACGACCUGAACGACGCCCUGGACGGGCUGCGCUCCGUCAUCCCCUACGCGCACAGCCCCUCGGUGCGGAAACUCUCCAAAAUCGCCACGCUGCUCCUGGCCAAGAACUACAUCCUCAUGCAGGCGCAGGCCCUGGAGGAGAUGCGGCGGCUGGUGGCCUACCUGAACCAGGGCCAGGCGCUGAGCGCCCCGCUGCCCGCCACCCUCAACCCUUUCGGACAGUCGCCCGUCUACCCCUUCGGCGGCGCGGCCGUGCCCGGCUGCCCCGAGAAAUGCACUGCCUUCACAGGAGCCGCCUCCGCCCUCUGCAAACACUGUAACGACAAGCCUUGACUUCUGCCUUCUUCGGGCUUUUCCUUUAUUUUGUUCUUUUUUUUUUUUUUUUUUUUUUUUUUUUUUUUAGUUCUGUGCACUUUUCUUUCCACUGCCAUCAUCCUUGGCUUCCUUCCAUCAGUUAAGUCUGGGUUUUCUUUUUGUUUGCAUCUCUUAAAUACCCCUCUCCCCAUUUGGAAUUAUUUGGCAGUUCACGUGGACUCCCAGAACAUCCACUUUCUACUUUGUUUAGUUACCCCCCACAUGCAACUUCAUCUGUAGAGUUAUUUCCUUCCCAGCCUGUCAGUGGACUGUGAGCGUAAAUGUUGCUUUUCCACUUGCUCUGAGCUACUAAGUUUCUGAGCAGUUUUGAAACAAAACUGUAGAAAAACAGAGAGGGAGAGAGAUCUGGAAAUGGAAAGAUCAGUAAGUCUGUUCCGGCAUGAUCGACCUGUGUUAAAAAUACAUCAAAAGGAGGGUGGGAAAGCAAAAUCCAGGUGCAAACUAUGCAAUGUUUCAGAUUCCUGAGCGGGUGGGGGUCCUAUAGCCGGCUGGGUUGGACUGCACCUGCAAAUUCAACUGAAAAUCAUUUGGUCAGCACAUGGGAGGGGGGAAGUUCAGUGCUCUUGAUAAAACUAUUGAUGCUUCAAAGAAAGAUGCUUUUUUUUUUUUUUUUUUUUUACUUAAAAAAUUAACCCGUUCUUGGACUGGGAGGAACCUGUGAUUGUAUGCUAAUGCUUGCUGUUUGCCUGUUUCUCGGCUUGGUUAAGUUUUCCAGAUGAUUUUCCAAAGUCGUUGCUCAUCAUGAUAAACAAAGCAAAAGAUCACUUAACAUAUAAAUAUGUAUUUAUAACAAAUAAAAGACAUGAAUAACCACUUUCUCUGUCCUACAUGUCUCUAAAACCAGCUGGCAGUCAAAGCAAAACUCCUGCUGAAGUCAGGCAAAGCGGAGAUGGAUGCAGCAGGAGCAGCUAUGUGAAGUUAGGGGAAUGAUUGGAAUACUUGGAAAAAGCUUGUGGAUAUUCAGCUCUUUAUCAGUAGGGUUGUUUUUUUUUUCUCCAGUUUCUCAUGAAUUGUGAGCGCACAAAAAAUGUUGCUUGUGUCUGACAUUUAAGAGUUAAGCAGGUAGAGAUUUUGCUUAUGCAUUUUGACACUUGCUGGGGGAUGCUGAAAGUGGUGUUUAACCGGGGUUAUCAUAGCAGGGAGCUCGGCUCUGAGGACACCCAUGGAAAACAUGGCAGGGAAGGAAAUCGCUUAAAGACUCUGCUUAUCCCUUUGGCUUGGUUUUCUCUUAAAUCUACAGCUUGACCCUAAACCUACUUGUGGGGUUUGGGCCACUUAAUAUCAUAACUAAACUAACAAUCCCUUGCUAAUAUUGACUGUGUUUGUACAAGUUACAAAGUGAGUCCCUUGCUGGCUGAGUUUUUGGUGUUGCUUGUGUUGGUUUUACUUUGGUUUUCUGGUUUAUGGUGUUCGACGCUUUGGUGCCUUGUAUGCUUCACUAGUCAUUAUAUUAUUAUAAUAAUAAUAAUUGAGGUGCAUUCAGUGCUUUCUGUUUGGGUGGGAAUACCCACCCAAUGUCAGAGCAACCACGUAAACUGGUACAGUCGCAGCCUCAGGGGCUCGAGCUGUCCGUGGCCAUUUGUGUUAAGAGUGGGGUGUAACUAUUUAGGGUUAUUAAACCAAUUUCCAUGCCUGUCGCUAGUGUUAUGCUAAUUUGAAAAGGACUGCCAUCCCUCUAAAGCCGCUUGUCCAUGGCACUUAAUUUUAAUUAAUACAUUUCCAAAAGACUUUUUGUGUUUGGAGAAUGAAGUGUGUGAUUAAGCCUCAUUCAUAAAGACAUAUGUUUAAAACUGGUUCCUACUUGUUUCCAUUUUUAUAUCUUCACUUCUUCCUCUUUUUUUUCUCUUUUUUUUUUUUUUAAUUACGGAAUAGUUUUACAGAACAGCUUAUCUCUUGUACCUUUUUCCAUAAAACAAAAUUUUGAAUGUACUCUCAAAAGGCAUCUGAUGAAGUGAAAGCCGACCAAAACCACUACUGAAGCAAAAAUGAGUGGAAACUGCAGAUCAGCAAAGGUCAUUUAAAAUUUUGCAGACUGAGUUGUUGCUAGAUAACAUUUUGGAAAAAAAACCCCAAACCUGUCACCUAAACAGAGAAUCAUGAUUUUUAAGUAGAUGUAUGUUGCUUCUGGUUAAAAUUAGAGAAGAUUUAGCAGUUGAGAAUAUUUAAAUGGAGACUAAUUUAAGUGUUCAUUUUUCACCAAAACUAAAAUAGUAGGAGAAUAAAGUAUUUAACAGCUUAAUAUUUAAUCUGAGUUUGGUUUGGUUAAAGAUUUAACACUAAUAAUAAUGGAAUUUAUAAUUGCUUCUUUCUCCAAUAAUUAUCACCAAAAAAAAGCAGCUCACUAAUUUCAGAGCCUAAAAAUGUCUUUAUAGUCUUAGAGACAAGCUGGUUUUGGAAUGAUGGGGUUUAGUACAGUGAUUGUUUUAAAUCUCUUCAUUUAAUUUACAUCAGUAACAACUUGCUCAUCCUACCUUAUCUACCCGGAAUACUAAAAAAUCCACCUUCUGAGAGUCCUUGAAAUAUUCAGAAGGUUCUUCAAGAACCCACUUGGAAUCAAUCAAUCUCAGGAGACUAAAUAUGGAAUUUCAAAUACAGAAGAUAAAGCCUGUAUUAAAAAAAUUUUUUCCUAGGAAAAAUAGCAAACUUGAGUAUCUAAGUGCUGUUAAAAGGCCAGGUAUUAAAAACAAGUGUAGAAUUUGUCAAAGCAAUGCUAGAGGAACUUGUAAAUCAUUAUUAAAAUUGACCUUAAAGUACAGCGGUUUUAAUUCAAAAGGAAAAAGAAGAUCAAUCAUAACUUUUCCUGCAACAAGCAAUAUUAAGCUAGAAUUAGGUUGUCUAACUUCUCAGUUAAUCUGAAAGUUCAGUCCUGUGAGUUGCUUCUCUCCACCAUGGACUUGCAGGAUUUGAACUCAUACAGAGGUGAAGCCCAGACCGAGCCCUUCGCAUUUCCUGUGGCAGGAAGGCAUCUACUCUGAGGUGAUUUACACUGAGCUGCUGCUAAAACUGCUUCCAAGUGAAUGCCUAAUACCACUGAAAAGAUGAUUUUGCUGGGAGGGGAUAAACGAGCUAUUGCAUUUGUGUGUGAAGCAUCGGUGCUAACCUUGCAGAUGUGCGUGGUUAUCCUGAGGAUGACGUCCUGUAACUUGUCAUUUGUUUUUCCCCUUCUCUGGCAUACGAGAAACAAAUCAACUUAUUUUGUGUACCAUGUAAGGUUUUAAGUGUCUGCUUCCAUUUGGUGUUUCAGAGAAGAUAAAGGGAGGACUUCAAAAAAGCUGAAGAUCUUUUUUUUUUUCCUGCUCAGAUGUUCUUGUUAUGAUGCCUGCUUCUUUUUUCCCAAGGAGGAUUUGUUUUGUAUGCUCAGAUGGAACUGAAAUACAGUUCAUGUGUUUUAAUGUGCUUAUUAUCCUGAUAUGUUCAUAAUUUGAAGAAAACAUAAUGCCAGCUUUUAAUUAAAUGUAAUAUAUUGUUUUCUAA